AAACAUCUCCCGUACUGUCGUACCAUCUAAUGCAUUGUUCAUAUUAUUAUCGUUUUCUAAAUUAAUGCUUACACUUGCUAUACUUUGACUUUCUGUGCUUGUACCACCUAUGAUGAAAUUGUGUAAGCAAGUACAUGCUAAAAUGAUAUUAUCAAUAUAUUUUGGUUGAACCUGAAUUCCUUUUUGACAUAAUUCGAAACGUUCUUGAAGUAUACCAAAUGCAUUUUCGACGAUACGCCUGGCUCUACUCAAACGAUAAUUGUAUAUUUUCAUUGCUUCAUCUGUCAAUCGGUCGCUACUUAAUGGUCUCAUAAUGUUUGUGGUUAACGGAAAAGCCUCGUCUGCUAUAAAAACAUAGGGCAACUCAAGAUCUGUCCUCGGUAAACGUUUUUUUGGGGGAAUAUCGAGGGCAUUAGAAGUCAAUUUUUUUCCAAAUAUUGAGUUUUGCAUUAUACCUCCAUCACUAUUUCGUCCAUAUGAUCCUACAUCUGCAAUCACAAAUUUAUAAUUUGCAUCCACAACCGCUAGCAGCACGAUACUAAAAAACUUUUUAUAGUUCAUGUAGAGACUUCCACUAUUGCGAGGUGCCCUUAUCCUAAAAUGUUUACCAUCUAUUGCACCGAUGCAGUUCGGGAAAUUUCAUUUUUCAUCAAAUUCCAUCGCGAUUCGCGUCCAUUUUUCCCUUGUUGGUUUUGGCAUAACACUAGGCCUUAUGCCGGCCAUACACGCUACGGUCUACCGGAAAGGUCCACCUGUGCAGAUAUGCCUGCGCAGGUAGACCGGAAUGUGUGUGGGAAUAGACCUGUGCAGUUUUUUUGAACCUGCGCAGGCAACCGGCGCAAGAUCGAAAAUCGAUUUUUUCGAGUGACACCGUACGGUGUACCUGUGCGUGUGUGCGUGUACUCCGGUCGCCUGCGCAGGUCGCGUCAGUUGUUUUCUAGUGUUUCUUUCAAACGGGCGUCUCAUCGCUCGCAUCGUAUUGCCAGAAAAUGGCGCCACCAGAUUCAGCUGAAAAAAUCCUUGAAGAUUUUAUUGAAAUUUAUAGAAGUAAUCCAUGUCUAUGGCAAAUUAAAAACAAAGAUUACCAUAAUCGAGACAAAAAAGAAGCUGCUUAUAAAUUACUCAUAGAAAAAUUGAGAAUAAUUGAGCCAGAUGCGAACAAAGAUGUAGUUGUGAAAAAGAUUAAUAACCUAAGAAGCAAUGUUAGAAAGGAAAAGAAGAAAUAUGAGCAAUCUUUAAAGUCUGGGGCAUCUGCUGAUGAUGUGUAUCGUAUUAAACUGUGGUACUACGAUUUGUUCAAUUUCAUUCAUGAUCAAUGCACUCCAAGGGAAUCUUCAUCCAACUUAGAUAGUGAUGACGAAAAUAGUUGUGAGAAAGACAACACUGAAGACUCUUUAAAUGCCGCUGAAGAAUAUUCAUCCAACAGCGUAUCUACCGACAACGAGGUUCGAUCAUCAUCGUCAAAUAAUAAUUCAUCUCGCCCACCAAAACCUGGUAAAACAAAAAGAAAAGAUGAAAGCUUAGCAAAUGAAGUGUUGGAAUCGGUACGAGAUCACUUUAAGCGCCCUCGCCCAAUUGUAACAGAAGAUAGGUGCGAUAUUAUUGGAAAAAACGUGGCGAUGAAAUUGAAAGCUUUAGAUGCGAAACAAUUAAUAGUCGCAGAAAAACUUAUUAAUGAUUUACUUUUUGAAGCAGAAAUAGGAAACCUCACUCCCGAGCACGCCUAUAUUAACAUGAGAGAUAUUUUGAAACAAAAUCAACGAAGCUAUGUUCCUGCUCAGCAAUAUCGACAACAUGCAUAUCAGUCCUCUCCUAAUUCCAAUAGGGCAUAUACCCCUGUAAGUUUUGUUUCUUCUGAAAGUCCUAGCCCACCCUGUUUUCCAUUUCCCACCAGUCAAAAUUCAGAGUAUCUUUCUCAAUCAUUUCAAACUAACCAUCUACUCAACAGUUCCCAAGGCAAUCCCUACUCGCCACAAAUACGAACAACUACAGUUCCAGAAAAUCAGCCCAAUGAAACAGAGGUAGUUUUAUCGAUUCCAGAUUCGGCAGCGACAUUCAUUACUAAUUUCAAUGUUCAUAAUGAAUAACUUGUAUGUACGUGACAGUUUUUUACUUUAAUGAUUAAAAUCGUACAUAUUUUUUUCAAUAAAUAUUAUCUCUAAUAUAACAGUGUUUUAAUGACUUACCUUCAAAUAACCUCUUCUGAGUACUUUAUAUAAAGCCUCACAUGUUUCAGGAAUAAUUUU